AUGGACAUUUUUGACGACGAAGAGCCACCCGUCCGAGAAGCAGACGCAGACCUGGGGAAUCCAGACCGUAGCAAGCGAUCGCGAGAGGAAGGAAAAAAACACAAGAAGGACAAGAAGGACAAGGACAAGGAUAAGAAGGACAAGAAGCACAAGCGGGGGAAAGAAAGCAAGUCAUUGGCCAGUGAUGACUCUUUCUUUGAUGGUAUGCUGCAGGGCUCUGCCAGCGAGGCUGAGAUGAGUCAGGAUUGCCGGCCCGCAGAGGCAUCCAAGAAAGCCAAGACAGACGCCCACGGAAUGCCGUCCAUCUCUUCGGAUCCCAAGCCAAAGCCAUUGUCAUUGUCAUCCUCUCCGAAGCUGCCUAAGCCACCAUCGGAUUGUGAGGUCAUAGAUGAGGAGGGGAACCUUUUGACGGGCGGCAGAGCUAUGCCAAAGACACAGGUUCUCAAAGUUUGGGGCCUCGUAGUGCACCACUGCGGCAAUCUCACUUGUGAGCUUUGUGACGAAGUGGCCGUGCACGUGCAGCUGAAGCAGCUGGUGCGCGAGAAGACUGGGCAGGGGAAGGCCGGCGGGCAGCAGGAAGAUAAAGCUGAGAAACCAGAUUUCAGGUUGGUGGAUGUGACGGUCCGGCCAAGUGGCCCGGCGUGGGCCAGUUGGAUGGUUUUCUUUGUUGAGACCUUGAAAGUGAAGCUUCCGCACGGUGGCUUCUGCCAGGUCUGCUCCCGCACUGCACAGAAGAGCUUCCCGGAAGCCACACUGGCCGUGCUGAGUGCGCGGAGGAAGGACACCAAGGACCCGAUUUUUGCCGAGGUCUUUGCAAGGGCUCGCACUUACCACCUGCAGCCGGAUGCCUACAAGCCAUUCCGUGAAGAGUGUCUGGACACCGUGCAUAGAACAGGAUCCAAGGUGACAACGCAUUGGAUUUUCUACAGCUUGGAGGAGUUUGAAAACGAGUUCGACGUCAAGGCCGAUGUUCACCACCAGUUCGCCCACUUGCUCACGACCGAGGUUGACGAGUUCGGCAAUGAAAUCCAAGGCAUCGUGCUCCGAGACCCAGAGAAGCCCUUCAGGCGACUCGAGCGGUACAGUGUGCACGAGUACGUGUACAAGGACGUGCAGCUCGCUCCCUCCAAUUGCCUGAGGGCCAAGCAGGGGAUGGAGUCCUUCGGAGCGUUCCAGCGAGCCCAUUCGUCCUCGAAGAAACCAUCGGGACUGCCGCUCACUCCGGCUGACGUGAGAGCGAUGCGGCCACAACUCUUGACCGAUCUCCAGGUCACACAGCCAACGGUGCAGCAGGAAGACAAGGCUUUGAAAGACUUGGACAAAAUGAUGGACUUGGGCCUGGAUCCGUCCGGUCAGGAGAAAGCUGCAACGCCUUCGUUCAUCGAGACCGAUCAAACCCAGCCUGGCUUGGCAUUGCCUGGGAUGGAUGACAGAGCUCAGGAUGAUGUCGGUCCACACGCCAAAAAGCGCAAGGAGAAGGAACCGAAGAAAGGUCUCACGGCUGCUGCGAAGCCGGCCAACGUCGACAAGCUGGUUGCCGAACAGACAGAGCUACUGGAUGUCAGGAAAGUCCUCGCAGGCGACGUCUCGAAGCAGCAGCUGUACUUCGUGCAGCGGAGCAUCAACACCUUGGAGAAGAAAGGCUUCAAUGCAGACUCAGUGGAGCUCGAGAAGCAUCACCAAAUCGCGACAGCCGCCUUCAUGCUCACACCGGCAGAGCUUGCCCAGUUGCCCAGCGAGCAGAUCCAGGUGCAUGCUGAGCUGGUGCACGACCACAUCAAAGGGUCCGACGUCCCCAAGCAAGUGCAGCUUGCACUCGUGAGCCGAGUUUCCAAGGAGGCCGACCCCGAGAGCGAGCGGUACUGGAAAGCGAUAUACCCAGUUCCAGUGCCCGCCAUCGGUGACACAGCAGGUGAAGCCGAGACUUGUGACUUUGGUGACUCGUGUGAUUGUGCAAAUGUUGCAGCACUGCCUGAGGGCAAGCAUGACGGUUUCAACAUCCUCGAGCCCAUGCUCAAGGAUUGCAAUGCAGUGGAGCUGUCGGACAAGAUCAAGGUCUUCGAGAAAGCCGUUUGGAGCAAGGUCGUCGGACUGAUCAAAGAAGGCAAGCCUGCGCAAGACAAUCUUUGCUCUUGCAGCCGGCAAGGGCAGCUCAUGCUCUCGAAGUUGUGGGAGGCCGCUUCCACCACGGAGGCUGCCAAAGCUGCUGCGAGCAGCAUCAGGGCGGCUCAGACGGCUCUGACGGCAAUCGUGGCGAUAACAUCGAAUGGUGCCAUGCUUCUGGGCGACACGGCGGGUGACAAAGCAAGCACGUCGCUGCAGGACCCCCAAAGGGCCGUCAAGGAGUUGGAAGCAGAGAAGAACAACUCAUCCGUGCUGGGAAUGAUUGGCCAGGCCUUGAAGACCAGUGCACACUACAAGGCAAGCGGCAAGAGCAGCCAAGAGUUGCUUCGUGUUUUCUGGAGCUACGCUUUCUCCGAGGAGACGGUGGCGGGGGAAAUGAGGGAAGCCCUGACUGGACUCUCGAAGCUCUUAUCUCUCCCUGACGAGCUCACUGGUGAUGCCCCCUUGCAGCAGGCCCGUCUUGCAGCGGUGAGCGCGGCUGUCGAUGGCAUGAAAAACUGGGCGAAGGCCACGAGACCGGGCACUACGCUUGGGUUGCAACACAAGGCGUACAAGGCCUUGUCAGACGGCGUGGAGGCGGUCUUGCAGAGCGGCGACGGCUCGGCCUCGGCUUCGGCAUUGCAAUGGGCCGAGCUUUGUGCGAAGGCUGAGACAGACAACGUUUUCUUCGAGUUGAAGGACGCUGACUGCCAGGACUUUCUUCGCCGGUCGGGUGCUUCGUUGGAUCCCUUGGUCCAGCAGGAGGCAGUCAGGCAAAAGAAAUCCGCCCUCAUCGCGAGCUUGUGUGACGCACUGUCCGGUAAGCUGGACGGAGACCAGGAGCUCUUGAAGGAUGCGGUGGCUUACAGUCAAUCGCUGAGCAAGCUAUGCAGUGAUUGUGCCGGCAUCUUUCUCACAGAGGAAGACUUCAAGAGCUGCGGUGGCCAUGGUGAACUGGACUUCGCACAGGUCUGCUUCAGUGUGGUGCAGAAGUUGCUAUGCAGUGGCAGGACGUUCGGGCAAACCGUGGACAAACUAUCGCGACUCUUGCCAGGGCCACCAGGGAAGGAAAAGAAUGAGAUGAGUGGGGUGGCAAGCGCUUUCUUGGAACUCAACAACUUGGCCAAAGCUUUGAGCGCUUUUUCGAAGCUUGGUGGAGACAGCCAAAGCAUUGCGAAUCACGAAGACUUCAAGACAACAGAGCAGAGCCUGCGUGCUGUUGUGUUGAGGGCGACCCAGGCUGCCCAGAACUCUGAUGCUUUGCUCAAGGACUUGUCACCUGCCGCAAAGCUGGUGGAAGAACGCUGGAUGCAGUGCAAAGUGGACUUGGACUCAGCCGUGCAGAAGGCCUCCGCCAAGCUGGCUGAAGUCCGGGAGUUUGUGGUGAGCACGGCUGCUGACAAGCUCAAAGGCCAGAUCACAUCCUUGCAGGUGUACCAGUACGGCUGUGAUGGAACAAGUUGGAAGGAGAUGUAUGCGGCGGAUGCAAAAGAUCCAAUGCCAGCCGCAACGAAAUGGGUUGAGGAAACCUUCCCGAAGGUCGAGGGGAAGAUCACAAGCCUUUUCAAGCCGGCAAAGGCCGGCUACCAAGCCUUGAAGACUUUGCUCGCCGAUUAUGGAAUCAGCGCUGAGCAGGACAAAGCGCCAUGGGACACAUUGACUGGGGCCAAGGAUGUGCUGAGUCACGCGAUGGCGACUGUGUGCGAAGCGUUGCUGAUUCAGGCCAUCAAUCAUCCCGAGAAUCCUAUCGCUGCUACGAGUGAGCAGCUGAAGCGGAUGAUGAGCAACCGGUUCGCAAAUGACGAACUCGGAUACAAACAGCACAUCGAUGCAACAAUCGUCAGCAAGGCCACGGAGAUCUCCAGACAGAUCCACUUCACCCUGGCCGGACAAGAUGUGACCACCUUCGUUGGGUUGGAAAGUGCCAUGUCAGAAUCGCGGAAGCAUGGCUUCUUCCUCUUUACGCGAGUGGUGGUCUUCUGCCAAGCUGGAGGAAUAUCAUACUGGGCCCGCUCUUUCUACCUCAACCCAUGCCUGCAGGAGGCAGUUGUCUUUAUGGCGACUUUCAUUCUGUAUCUGCAAUUCAUGGCCAUUGCCACGCGCUCGGUCCAUGUUACGACGCAGCGAGUGGAUUGGUGCUGCUCCCUGAUGUAUGGACUUUUAAUGGUGGUCUAUCUUGCAUUGCCCUCCAUCGAUGGGGCGCACAUGGAUGGUGGUGUCAUCAAUGUACAGCUGACAGGGCAGCGGUUUGCCAUAGCCGCUGUGGUCAUGGACACCAGGAAGUCAGCUCCGUGGCAGGUGCUCCUAUUCUUCGGGCAAAUCUGGGCAGACUUCUGCGGGCAGUCAGGACUACGUCAUCCCGCCUACAGCGUGUUUCUGCAUCUGGUGGUCCUUACUCUGGUUCUCGUGGGCUCUGCGAUUCUGGAGAACUGCGUGCGAUCGAACAUUCGUGCCCGUUUUGAUUGCUCCGAUGCCGAAUCUUUGAUGUUCAGCUUCCGGCGAAUGCUCAGAGGAGUUUGUGAUGGCGAGGUGCUGCUUGAUAGCACCUUUCGAAUCCACAGCGUCUCAGACUGCCUGAAGCACCUCCUCAUGACCAGCACCAACUUGCACGGCCAGUGCUUCGAGAAGUUUCUGGAGCCCGAGGCCAUCACGAAGUUCCAAGAGUUCAUCAAGGCUUCCACAUCUCAGCAGGCGCCAGCUGAGAAAAUCAGCACGCCGCCAUGCUUGCGAAUCUCUUUGUUGGGGGCGGCCAACACGAAAGUGAGCUUGGAUGUGAUCCAUGUACCCAUCCCCAACCUGUAUGGGUCUCAGGAGUCCUACCAUCUCUUGGCCUUAAAAGAGGAUUCAGGAGCCCGAGAGGAGGAGGUGGAAGCGCGCGUGGCAGAUUCCGAGUGCGUCGGCCAGCUGCUGCAGAUCAAGCAGUCGGUGCAUGCCAACCGACCUCGGCCUGCAAGCGAAGACUCUGCGACUUCCGUGGCCUCAGGGCUGCCAGGCCUGCUGCCGUCCGUGGUUGAGGUAAACCUGCUCGUGGACACCUCUACAGAGGCGUGCGACGUGCGACAGGUGAACCUGCGGAUCGCGCGGCCAGCACGUGGUGAGCCGUUGCCCCCGACGAGCCUGCGGUCCAUGGUGUUGCCCACAGACUGGGCUACCAUCCAGGCGAAGCUCUUGCAGUAUGCGGAUCGCCAGGAAGAGGCUGGUGAGGCUCUGCAGACGGAGCAGUUGUCGGCGCUGAGGUGUCGGAUCUUGGAACGGAGCUCCUCAUCGAAAUACAGUGUGGCACACGUGGUGGAGAUCUUUACUCACAAGAGUGCCGUCUACGGCAUCCACGGCGGAAAGCUGUGGCUUCGCCUCGCCGACUUCGUGGAAGGGAGCCGGUCGCGAAGCCUCGCGCGCCUGGGCCAGAUCCGAGAGAUCCGAAAGAGCCGCCCGCGACGGACGCCCCAAGAGCCCUGA